UUUAAUAGGCUGACUCUGGCUUUUGGAAGAAGGACUGAGUAACUACUGAAAAGUAAACAAUCUUCCUCCUCUCGAGCUCCAAAUCCCUAAUUUCGUUUUUGGGACAACCUCGGCUAAGUUGAUCUGUAGAUUCUUCCUAAAAGUUACAGCAGUCAUGAAACCCUAUCCUUGUGGUACUCGUGAAAUCCAGUAGUUUCAGUAAAGUGGCAAAGACGGUCGCAGAGCUCUUCAUUAGCGGCUAAACGAUCGGACCAGACAGGUGCAGGUAGCUUGACCGCCUUACCCGUCAUUGAAACACAAGCCGCUUGUCUGUCAGAGAAUCCUGAACUAGGAGUCCUGCUUUGCGGGUUCAAUUUUCUGCAAGUGUAAAGAAGGAGAAUAGCCUAAAUUCAUCAUGGUAGAUCCCUCUUCAGAAGCAAGCAGAUGUCUUGCAUAUCUUAAGAAGUGCAUAAAUGCUCUAGUAGAGUCUGGCGGCUCUGGCUCUGAGCAAACGGCGGAGAUUUAUGGGGCGCACGAAGCUUUCAAAAUAAUGUUUCAGCAGGAAAAAAUUGGAUCUUUGAAAGCAGUGCUAGACCAUCUCUCUGAGCUAACCUUUGAAAAGGUGGUAGUCCCUAAGUGGCGCAUCUUUGCUCAUGAAACUAAAGAAAUAAGAAGAAACUUAACCGAUGUAGUGCAAAGAAGUAUGAACUACUGUCUACAAAAGAGCCUCACACAUGAAAGCAAUGAAGAACUUCUGAAACUUACGGAGUUUAUCGAAGGACAUGCUGAUAAAUGCAAGUUUGAGGUUGACAGCUUGGUUUCAUGCCUGCAAAUUGCUGUUUCAGUGGGAGGUAGUCUCAAGUUACUUGAGCUGGUGAACCAGCGUAUCUUGCCUGAUUUCGACAAGCUGACAGAGCAGAGGAAGCUUGAUUUCAUGAAAGCUUUUUCUGAGAUUUCUCCACAUACAACAGCUCAUCUAGCAGAUCAAAUGCUUCCCUCGGUAGUUGGUCUUUUAGAGAAGUACAUGCCUGCUGACAAGAGUAAGUUUGAUGAAAAAAAGAGCUCCACUCAUCUUGAGUGUCUGUUAUACACGUUUCAUCGCUUAGCCCACAAGGGUGGAGAUGCCGAGGCAAUAAAAGAGUAUUGUAAGAGUUUAAAGGAGAGGCUGAAGAGUGUUAAGAAGAUAACUAAGGCAAGAUUAGGUGAACUAGUUCAAACCUUGGCUGACAAUAACGCAACCUGUCUGGAAGCUGAGAAGUAUGACAAGAAUGAUGAAGGCCUCAUGAAGUGCAAGUUCAUCUUUGAAAGGAGGAGGCAUAAUACAAAAACUGAAAUGAGGACUUGCAUUAACUUGGUGGCAAUGAUGAAGGUAUUGCGGUCAAAAAUUCCUUCUUUUAUGGGAGACAAUAGUGUCAAACUUUCUUGGAAAGAAGCGAAGAAGCCAGUCUUUGGAGAAAACAUUGAUGAAACCGCCAAGAAAGUCCCUGACAGGCCGGUUCAGCUUGAUUCCCUUCCAAAGGAUCUUAUGAAAUCCUUAAUCGAAACAGGAAACUGCUACUUAAACAAGGAUUGGGUUAGACAUGUCAUGGGCUCAUCGCGUUUUCAACAAGUGCAACAGAGUAAGCCAGAAGGUCCAUGGCUCUUAAACGACAAUUCUGGUGUAGCUAUGCUCUGCUGGCAGAUUAACGAAUCGGAGUUUUCAGAAUUCAGAGUAGAAGAUGUCGUGAAGAAGGGUUCGACUGGUAGUGUUAGAGAUCAGAUGUUUCAUCUUCUUUGCUGGACUUACACCUCUUCUGACCUAGCUAGAGGCAAGUUGGAGCCGCACAAGUUGACAAAGUAUUCUCCAUUUUGCACAUGGUAUAUGUGUGCGUUUUGUCACCCAGAAGCUCUUGGAAGUGUUCCUAAUAAACCUGAGGAAGUUCUUGGGAUUAUUACUAAGAAGAAAGAGGUUCACCACUGUUAUGGAGGUACAAUUGAGAAAGGCUUACGUCACAUCCAAAAAUACGGCAUUCCCAGAGAAGUUUGCACCGUCUUCAACUGCACAGAUCACCAACCUCCAAGUGCAGAUGAACCUCAUAUGUCUAAGAGGAAAAUUACUGGUAUUCGGAAAAUCAACACAUUGAAAGAAGCUUUGUCAGAACUCAAGAAUCAGCCAAUAGGGGCUGAUUUACUUCAUUAUACAGGAUUGCAUCUUCCAGGAAAGCACAUCUAUUAUGGUCCCUAUUCAAAGUUCUACAGUUCUUUAGUUGCCUAUCAUGCUGUGAUAAUAGAGUCGCUCGAAGUUAUUGACGGACAACUUGUGGCAGUUUGUAAGAUGAGCAACGGUGAAUAUGUGGCUGAUGGAGGAUAUGUUUAUGUGUCCUUAUCAACGGUGUAUAUGCCUGUGGGUGUAGCUGCUGAUAAAAAGGAUUCUGUUAGGAACACAUUUGAGCCCACACAUCUGCUUACUAAUUUCAGGGUCCCAACUGUUGAUGAUGGAAAGAUUGAUAAAAAUGAUGACACAGAUUCUUCUGAGGAAGAAGAAGAGAUGGAAGAAGAUAAAAAAGAAGAGAUGGAAGACAGCAAAGAAUUGGUGGAAGAAAAACCUGAAGAGUCUGCAGCAAAAAGACUUUGUACGCCAGCCUCUCGUCGUGUUAAGGACUCAGAUGGUUCUAUCCGAAAAAGAGCUCUUGAGCUUGUCUCUCUUUUGGGGAAUGAGAAUAAUGUCAAACAACUGACAAAAGCGCUCAUUGAUUAUCUGGAAGUCUGCGGGGAAGAUUUCAAGGGUAUCAUUGAAAACAAUGAAGGUUUCAAGGAGGAUCAUAGUGCAAGAGCAUGUUCUAAAUCCUAUAUGACUACAAAAGCGUUGGCCCUGGUUGCUCUACUAAAGUUGUCAUCUCACUUUCCUAUCAUCUCGAAGAGGAUUAAAGAUAUAAUUGUGGAGCAGAAAAAGAGCCUUCUCCUUGAAAUGCAGCAAAGAGCUAUCAGGUCUUCUCUGGCUGAGAGGAUGCCAUUACUAGAUGAGGCUACAUUCAGUGUGAGGAGUGCUGGCUCUUUACCUGCGUCACUUUCAACAAUGGCCAAGCUUUCAGUUAGUAUUCCAAAUGGUGUUGCUGCAGCUCCACUAGUGGACUUGCUGGACCUGGAUUCCGACGAUAUUCUGGCUGUGCCUAGUAGUUCAUCUGGUGCAGAUUUCCUUCAGGAUCUUCUCGGCGUUGACUUAGGAUCAUCGUCAGAAAAAUCUGUUUGCACUGUUUCAGGUGCAACCCCUGCUGCUCAAGCCGGCACAGAUCUGUUGCUGGAUAUUCUUUCAAUUGGGUCCCCUUCUCUGGCACAAGACAGCACAUCAUCAAUUGAUUUGUUAUCAACAACCGACGUUAACAAUAACUCUUCUACUGUGCUAGACACACUUUCUUCACCAGCUCAACCUCAAAUAGCAACUACCGCGUCUGCUGGUGAUAUGUUUGAUUUGUUUGAUGGUCUGUCUCCAAGCCCAUCGAAGGAAGCAACCAAUGGUCCAGCAUAUCCACCUGUUGUUGCAUACGAGAGCAGCUCUUUGAAGAUUGCGUUCACUUUCUCAAAGCCAUCAGGGAACCACCCACAUACAACAAAUGUCGAGGCCACUUUUAUAAACUUAUCUCCGAAUACUUUCACAGAUUUUGUCUUCCAGGCCGCUGUUCCAAAGUUCCUCCAGCUGCACUUGGAUCCAGCUAGUAGUAACACACGCCUGGAAAGCGGUAACAUAACGCAGAAUCUGAGAGUCACUAACAGCCAGCAUGGGAAGAAAUCUCUUGUGAUGCGCAUGAGGAUUGGGUACGAAUUGAACCGAAAAGAUGUAUUGGAGGAAGGACAAAUCAACAACUUCCCUCGCGGGCUGUGAAGGCUGAUUGUGUUGUUCGAACCGUUAGAUGCAGCAAAAUCACAUUUCACCCUUCCUAUUUUUUUUUUCUUUCUAAAUUCCGUUUGCUGAAACAAGAACUUAUGGCUUUGUCUGGGAUUUGAGGUUCGCCGGGUUUCUUUUUGAACAAAACUUCCCAUGUUUGGAAUCGUAAGUGAUCGAGGAAGCACACUUUGUUUUGUCUCGUUGUGUUUUAAACUUUUAAAAUAUGUGA